GAAGUCCACAAGUAGUAUAUAAACGCCGGCCGCCGAGGCAGGAAGCAUUGCAACCGUAUCUUUAUUUAUUUUUAUCAAUAAAAGGGAACAUGGAUUCGAAAACUAUUCUAUUUAUAUUCGCUGUUUUGGCGGCAAACGCCUCCAUUGCCUUCGGCUGGGGUUACCGUGCGUCUGACCAGCGGCGCUGGGCCGUACUCCACCCCGCCUGCGGAGGCCGACAGCAGUCCCCCAUCGCCAUCGCGGCACGCCAGGCCAUCCCCAUCUCGAUACCUGCUAUGGAACUCAUCGGCUACCAGAACCCUCUACCAGGCCCUCUCACCUUAACAAACAACGGCCAUUCUGUCACACUAACCAUCCCGAAAUACAGUUCAGAGGAAGAGAAGAAAGGAUUCCGCCUACCUUACAUCUUCGGCGGACCGCUAGACAACGAGUAUGAAAUCGAGGGCUUGCAUUUCCAUUGGGGUGACAAGAACAACCGUGGUUCUGAGCAUACGCUUAAUGACAUGAGGCUGCCUCUUGAGAUGCAUAUCGUGCAUAGGAAUAAGAAGUACAGGAACUUGGCCGAGUCUCUGCAGCAUCCAGAUGGAGUUGCCGUCCUCGCUUUCUUCUACCAGGUGGUGGAAUUCGACGCCAAGCUCCUCAGCCCCAUGGUGAAGAACCUGUCCAUGAUUGAGGCUUACAACAGCAGCAUGCAGCUCCCGCACACCUUCUCGCUCUCUUCUAUCCUGUCCGGACUGGACUCCGAGAGGUUCUACACGUACAAGGGCUCUCUGACCACCCCGCCUUGCGCUGAGGCCGUUACGUGGAUCGUGUUCUCUGAUUAUCUGCCGAUCUCCGUGUUCCAGAUGGACAACUUCCGCGGCCUCCUCUCCAACCUGAACCUGCCCCUCGUGGACAACUUCAGGCAGCUCCAGCCCCUCUUCGGCCGUCGGAUCUUCGUGCGCAUCACCUCCAAGAACCCCAAGUUCAAAAAGACCAAGCUCCACUACUCCAAAUACGAUUGGGUCGGACACAAGAAGGCGGACAACGAUGUUGGCGACUUCGAUGAAUAGAUAAACUGAUGUUAGCUGUUAGUUCCAUAGAACCGUUACUUUUUCACUUUUAAACUAGAUGGCAGCACUUAAAUGUUAAAUGUCAUAGGUAGCUUAACCCUUCGUAUGUAUAAGCACUGAUCAGUGCGAACGAAUUUAAACCUAUUCUAUUAAACAAUCGAUUUAAACUCGUGCGCAUCACGAUCAGUGCUUAGAUAUACGAAGGGUUAUAGUACGUUUACAUUAAAUCGUGAUUUUUUUUUACCGAAUUGUAAUAAUGUAGGUACUUAAUUAACUCUUUAACAACUUAGUCGCUCUGAAUCUCAAUCUGAACUAUUGGUGCUCAAGGUAGCUGAAUAUCAACUUUAACAACUUAGCAAUAAGGUCGUGUAUAGAUAUUUGUUUAACAUUGUAUCUUAUGGCAAGUAUGUAUAAAAUAAGACCAGUCCUCGAUCUAUAUUGCAGUACUUAUUUUCCUUUUUUAGAGUUUUAAAACUAAGCUUCUUAAUGAAAAUAUUGCUACUUGUUCAUAUCAAACUAUAUAGACUAGUAGCGACAUCUGUUGCCAAAUAUUACAAUUAAUUGCUACUUGUUUAUAUGAAACUAUAUAGACUAGUAGCGACAUCUGUUAUCAAAUAAAGGUCUAAAUUAAGGGAAAAAAAAUAGAAUUCAUUUCAGUUCUAUGGAACAAAUGGAUAUCGCCUACUCUACUUUAAAGCAAUCUCUACGGGUCUUCUGUCGUUCUACUAAUCGCUGUCCCAAUAUUAUAGGGUUCUAUGUUUCACUUUUAUCGAACUGAAAUUUGAACAUUGUCAUAGUGACAUUAAGUCGAAUUUCAACUAUCUUGAAAAUGUAACAUAGAACCCUGUAAUAUUGGGCCAGCGUAAUGUUACAAUAAUUUAUUAUGUGUACAGUACCUAUUGUAUAUGUGUGAAUAGUAUUAUUAUUAAAUAAGGUAUUAAUAAACUAGUGAAUAACAUUUGGUAAUUUUAUUUUAACUGAAUACAUAUAUGAAAUAUAAACAAUUUAUAAAUACAUAAACAUAGAUAAUACACAAAUAAUAUAUGAUAGGUUAACUAGGUACUGUAGUUCUCAGAUCCGAACAUCGACUGAAAGAGAGAAAAAGUGCAUUAGUAUUGCUGUCUCAGAAAUUAAUUAAAAAUAUACAUACCAUCACAAAUAUCAUAAUUCACUAUUUACACUUUUAGUAACACAACACUCUCUGAAAAAAAAAACACUGGCAUAUCACAAAACAACACAAUCAUUUCAUGAAUUCACAGUUGACACUGUUGACAGUCAAAUUUCAGUUUUAUUGUAUCGAAUCGAUCACAUCAAAACCAAUCAAGUCUUCAAAACAAGACCAAACAUGCUCACAAACAAAAAUCAUGUUAGGAAAAUAAAACACUCCAUUGGUAUUAUUUAUUUCAUGAUAUAUUCUAUAAUACAAGUUCAACAACUAUACAAGGUUAAAUGUAUUUCAUAAUUAUUACAUAAUUUAUUCAUUAUUUUAAAUAGAUCCAUAUAAUUGAACGGUACAACAGUUUGAGAAAAAUAAAUUCAAUUGCAUAUUUCGGCUUGUAAUGAAAGAGUGUCAU